AAAUUCGUAUCUAUCAUAUCCCACCUCCUGGAUAUGGGCAAUGGAAAUCCCGGUUGGCCUCCACUUUGCAAGGAAAGCGAAAGACAAGCACUUCUAAUGUUCGAGCAAGAUCUCAAGGACCCUGCGAAUCGGCUUGCAUCGUGGGUUGCAGAAGAAGAUUCCGACUGUUGCAGUUGGACAGGAGUUGUCUGUGAUCACAUAACCGGCCACAUCCACCAGCUGCACCUUAAUAGUUCUGACUCUGAUUGGGGUUUCGACUCUUUCUUCUGUGGUAAGAUAAAUCCUUCUUUGCUCAGUUUAAAACAUCUCAACUACUUGGACCUAAGCAACAAUGAUUUCAGAACACAAAUUCCUAGUUUCUUUGGUUCUAUGACAAGUUUAACACACCUUAAUCUUGGAUACUCAUUGUUUGAUGGAGUAAUUCCUCAUAAACUAGGAAAUCUCUCCAGUCUACAUUAUCUCAAUCUCAGUUUUAACGAUCUGAAGGUUGAAAACCUUCAGUGGAUUUCUAGUCUUUCUCAGCUGAAACACUUGGACUUGAGUUCUAUAAAUCUUAGAAAAGCAUCUGACUGGUUGCAAGUUACAAACAUGCUCCCUUCUUUGGUAGAGUUAGAUAUGUCUGAUUGUGAACUUGAUCAAAUUCCCCCUCAACCCACCCCAAAUUUUACUUCCCUGGUCGUCCUUGAUCUUUCUCUCAACAUUUUUAAUUCUUUGAUGCCGAGAUGGGUUUUCAGUCUUAAAAAUCUAGUUUCUCUUCAUCUCAGUUUUUGUGGUUUCCAUGGUCCAAUUCCUAGCAUUUCACAGAAUAUCACAUCUCUGAGGGAAAUUGAUUUGUCAAACAAUUCUAUUAGUCUUGAUACAAUUCCCAAAUGGUUGUUUAACCAAAAAUUCCUUGAAUUGAGUCUAGAAGCCAAUCAACUUACAGGACAACUUCCAAGCAGUAUUCAGAAUAUAACUGGUCUUACAGCUCUUAAUCUCGGGGGGAACGAAUUCAAUUCUACCAUACCUGAAUGGUUGUAUAGCUUGAACAAUCUCGAGUCCUUACUUCUUUCUCGCAAUGCCUUAAGUGGUGAAAUAUCGAGUUCCAUUGGAAACCUUAAAAGUUUAAGGCACUUUGAUCUUUCUGGUAAUUCAAUAUCAGGUCCCAUUCCAAUGUCCCUAGGAAACCUGUCAAGUUUAGAAGAACUAGACAUAUCUGGAAAUCAGUUUAAUGGAACUUUCAUAGAAGUUAUUGGUCAACUCAAAAUGCUAACAGAUUUGGAUAUAUCUUAUAAUUCGUUCAAAGGUAUGGUGUCGGAAGUUUCCUUUAGUAACCUUACAAAAUUGAAGCAUUUCAAUGCAAAAGGAAACUCAUUUACUCUGAAAACUAGUCGAGAUUGGCUUCUUCCUUUUCAACUUGAAAGUUUGCAAUUGGAUUCAUGGCACCUGGGACCUGAAUGGCCAAUGUGGCUUCGGACACAAAAGCAGUUAACAUAUCUAAGCUUAUCUGGUACGGGAAUUUCAAGUGCUAUUCCAACUUGGUUUUGGAAUCUAACUUCCCAAUUACGUUAUCUGAAUCUCUCUCACAACCGAUUGUACGGGGAGAUUCAAAAUAUAGUUGUUGCCCCUGGUUCAGCAGUUGAUCUUGGUUCUAACCAAUUCACCGGUGCAUUGCCUAUUGUUCCCACCUCAUUAUUUUGGCUAGAUCUUUCCAAUUCAUCAUUUUCUGGAUCUGUUUUCCACUUCUUCUGUGAUAGGCCGGAUGAACCAAAGCAACUUUAUGUUCUUCAUCUCGGGAACAAUCUUCUCACUGGAAAAGUACCCGACUGUUGGAUGAGUUGGCAAGACUUGGGAGUCCUAAUUAUAGAAAACAACUACCUAACUGGGAAUGUCCCAAUGUCUAUGAGCUACUUGCAUCAGUUGGAAUCGCUGCACUUGCGCAAUAAUCACCUUUACGGAGAAUUGCCACAUUCCCUACAAAACUGUACCAUGUUGUCAAUUGUUGACCUUGGUGGAAAUGGGUUUGUCGGAAGCAUACCAAUAUGGAUGGGUAAAAGCCUUUCAUUGUUGAAUGUUCUUAACCUUCGUUCGAAUGAGUUUGAAGGAGACAUUCCUUCUGAAAUUUGUUAUUUGAAAAGUCUCCAGAUAUUGGACCUUGCACGUAAUAAACUCUCUGGAACCUUACCGAGAUGCUUCCGCAAUUUGAGCGCCAUGGCUAAUUUUUCAGAAUCAUUUUUGUCACCACUGUUUGGCAUUGGUGUUUCUGCUGAGCCUUAUACAGUUCCAGAGAACACAAUCUUGGUAAUGAAAGGGAUAGAAGUGGAAUAUACCAAGAAUCUGAAAUUUGUAAAGAGCAUGGAUCUUUCAUGCAACUUUAUGUAUGGAGAGAUCCCUGAAGAACUUACAAGCCUCCUCGCAUUGCAGUCACUCAAUUUAUCAAAUAAUCGCUUCACCGGAAGAAUUCCUUCAAAGAUUGGUAAUAUGGCACGGUUAGAAUCUCUCGAUUUUUCCCUAAACCAACUUGAUGGUGAAAUUCCUCCAAGCAUGACGAAUUUGACAUUUCUGAGUCACUUAAACUUGUCCUACAACAAUUUGAUAGGACAAAUUCCAGAAAGCACUCAGCUGCAGAGCCUUGAUCAGUCUAGCUUCGUCGGCAAUGAACUCUGCGGACCUCCACUCAACAACAAUUGCAGCGCAAAUGGGGUGAUACCGCCAGCAACAGUUGAGCAAGACGGAGGAGGAGGAUACCGUUUACUCGAAGAUGAGUGGUUCUACGUGAGCUUGGUAGUUGGAUUCUUCACGGGGUUUUGGAUUGUGCUUGGUUCUUUGCUGGUAAACAUGCCAUGGAGCAUUCUUCUUUCACAGUUGCUGAAUAGGAUAGUGCUUAAAAUAUAUCAUGUAAGUGUUGAAUAUGUUUAGCUUUGUUUUGUACUUUGAGUAAGUUUGUUGGCAUUUUCCUUGCUGUGGCGAAUAUGCCAGUAUGGUUGUGUAGUAUGAUUUUGUUAAAUUUCAUCCUCUUGCUUCAGUGUAUUUUUCUUUCAGGUUUGGCUUUAGAGGGGUUAGGUUUCAUGUCCCCCCUCCCUUGUAUCGUUUUCGUUUUCGUUUUUAGAGAGGUUUGACUUUAGAGGGGUUAGGUUUCAUGUCCCCCCUCCCUUG